AUUGAAGAAAGCUAAAAAAAUAAUAAUGCAAAUAACAAAAAUGCAAGAAAUAAACACAAAAGCAUAGCCAUAUAAUGUGCAAGACCUCUAUCUAUCAUUCAUAAUCUCAUCCACAUUCUCUUUCCCAAAUAAAUCCUUCUCAUUUCUCAUCUCUUUGUACUGUCACAACAUCACACUAACCAUGGCCUCUGCUGCUCUUUCCAUGGGCAGCUCAUCUCUCCAGGUGAACAAAGGGUUCUCAGACUUCGCGGGCCUGCGCUCCUCUGCUGCUCUUCCAUUCAACAAGAGAACAUCUGAUGACUUGCUCUCUCUGGUUGCAUUCCAGACCUCUGUUAUUGGAGGAGGCAACAAAAGGGGAGUGGUGGAAGCCAAGCUUAAGGUUGCCAUCAACGGAUUUGGAAGAAUCGGAAGAAACUUCUUGAGGUGUUGGCACGGAAGGAAAGACUCCCCUCUCGAUGUCAUUGCCAUCAAUGACACUGGCGGUGUUAAGCAAGCGUCUCACCUUCUCAAGUAUGACUCCACCCUCGGGAUCUUUGAUGCAGAUGUCAAGCCUGUUGGUACUGAUGGCAUCUCUGUUGAUGGGAAGGUCAUCCAGGUUGUCUCAGACCGCAACCCAAGCAACCUUCCCUGGGGGGAACUAGGAAUCGAUUUGGUGAUUGAAGGAACCGGGGUGUUUGUGGACAGAGAUGGUGCUGGCAAACAUCUUGAAGCCGGAGCUAAGAAGGUGCUCAUUACAGCCCCGGGGAAGGGUGACAUACCCACAUAUGUUGUUGGUGUCAAUGCAGAGUUGUAUAAUCACUCUGAGACCAUUAUUAGUAACGCGUCCUGCACUACUAACUGCCUCGCACCUUUUGUCAAGGUUCUGGACCAGAAAUUUGGUAUUAUCAAGGGAACUAUGACUACUACUCACUCCUACACCGGAGACCAGAGGCUGCUCGAUGCAAGCCACAGGGAUCUCAGGCGUGCACGUGCUGCAGCACUCAACAUCGUCCCAACAUCAACUGGUGCAGCAAAGGCAGUGGCCCUCGUCCUGCCAAAUCUCAAGGGCAAGCUCAACGGCAUUGCCCUCCGUGUGCCCACCCCCAAUGUGUCAGUUGUGGAUCUUGUUGUUCAGGUCUCCAAGAAGACAUUUGCUGAGGAAGUUAAUGCUGCAUUCCAGGAGAGCGCUGACAACGAGCUCAAAGGCAUCCUAGCUUUGUGUCUGGAGCCACUCGUUUCCGUCGAUUUCAGAUGCUCAGAUGUUUCCUCAACAGUCGAUGCAUCACUCACCAUGGUCAUGGGAGAUGACAUGGUGAAGGUGAUUGCCUGGUAUGACAAUGAGUGGGGUUACUCACAGAGGGUGGUCGAUUUGGCCGAUAUUGUUGCCAACCAAUGGAAAUAAUUUCUCCCAGGAUUGGUCAUCUUAAUUUCUCCCAUCUGUAGAUUUCUGAUUUUGUUUCAAAUUGUAAUAUGAGUAUCAACAACUUUCUCAAUUUAUGUUGGAAUCUGAAGUUCAGCUUAGAACAAAGCCACUAGUGGACUUAUUCUCAAGUUUGAUGCUUCAGAUUUGGGGAGCUUUUCUGUAUGUAAAGCAUUUUAGGCAUUAUAUAUCAUAAUAAUAAGAAUAAGAUAUACAACA